CCCCCCCCGUCACCACCGUUCAAUUGAGAAAGAGAAAGAGAAAGAGAACGAGAAAAUAGGCCAGGAUGGCAGCAUUACCAGAGGAAUUGGCCUCGACCAUAUUCACCCACGCACUCACCCAUAUAGUGUUGUCGCGAACAGAAUACUCCUCCGCAACCUCCGGCGCCCUCCACACCCUCCAAUCCCUCGCCGAAGACCACAUCCUCUCCAUCCUCGACCAAACAAUGCGCAUAACAAACCACACCCGCCGUCAACGCCCCACCCUCGCCGACCUCGAACGCGGUCUCCGCUCCCUCGGUAUCCUCCCCUCAUUCCUCGAAGACGAGCUAUUAGCACCGCCCAUCCCGCCCUUACCACUACUGGCGCAGGAUAACACGGAGCCGUUUGAGCCUGAGAGACAAAUGCUGAGAGAUCCGGUACCGGUGCAGAGAGGACAGGAGGUGCCGGAUUGGAUGCCGGCGUAUCCGAGUGCGCAUACAUACCUGCAGACACCGAUAUAUCCGGAGCGGGUUACGGAUCCGAGGGUGAUACGGGAGAAGGUUAGCCAGGAGGCGAGGAUUGCGGAGGAUGCGUUGAGGCGACUCAUCAGAGAGACCAACCAGAAGCCGGAUAUGAAUGGUGCGGAAGGGGUGGAGGUUGUGGGAGCGGAUGUGAAGAAGAGUGAGAGAAAGAAGGCUUGGGAAGCGGUAAUGAAGGAGUAUGAGGGGCCUGAUGGGGCGGCGCCGUUGGUGUUUGAGGGUGUGGUCAAUUGGGAGACUGAGAAAUUGAGGAAGAAGGCAUAAUCAAUUGCAAGGGUGGGUCAGGGCGUUCAUGGAGUUUGUUGUUCUUUCUAUCUUCUGGGGUAUCUCGGUUGCGUCGACAUCGCAACAAUAUGCAAUUCAACAAUGCAGUGUUGUACACCGCAUACACUCUCGUCUACAUGGUCCUCUAUAUCGUACAUCAUGUUGAUAGCUAGUCGUCAUCGCACACACCCGGCAUACUUGUCCUCCAACGCCUUCCACCCCUUCUGCAUCAUCCACGUAACCUCAACAGACCGGUUCCUCCCCUGUUUAUCCCUGCACAGCCGGAAGUAUCGAUCAAGUGGUCCA